AUGGCGUUCGCUGCUAUGCGUCACGCCGCCUCGGCCGGAGCUCGAGGUGGUCAAAGUAUCACCAUGCUCCGGGCCAUUGGCGCAAACCCCGUUACCGGUAGCGCCGGAGCUGCGAUGCGCCUCAGCUUGCCUAUGACUUCGAGCCUAUACCGUCCGCUAUUAGCUUCCACGCCUUGCGCCCACUCGAGAACCUUUGCCUCGACCUCUAUCAAGUUUGCUGAAGGCGGAGAUCAGCAGUCCAAUCUGGCCAAGAAGGCACAGCAAGAGGAGGAAACCAAGACUGAUGCAGUAACCAAUGCCAGCAAAUCCGCAGACGAGUCUGGCAAGCAGAAGCCAGCCUCUUCAAGCUCGCCCCCUGCCUACGACGAGUCGGAAGAGCCUCCCCACUACGACUGGGAAGAGGAGGCCAAUUUCAACAUUGCCAAGUUUAAGGAGCUCCCCUACACCAAUUUUGGCGUCAAUCAGCAUGUUGUCAUUGACCGCGAGUUCAAGGAGUGUUUGCGACAGAUUCCCUGGAAGUUCCGUGCUCCCAUCAUGUAUGCCUUUGCCUAUGGUUCUGGUGUUUUCCCUCAGUCCAAGGGAACUGGCACUGCGACCGAAGCCGAGAUUCGCGCUGUCCACCCAAAGGCUCCCAUGGCUGUCCAGAAGGCUCAGAAUGGAUCUCCCAAGAUGAUUGAUUUCAUCUUUGGUGUCACGCACACGCAGCAUUGGCACUCGUUGAACAUGAUGCAGCACCGUGAUCACUACUCGGGCCUCGCAUCACUCGGUUCAGGCGCUGUCUCUGCGGUUCAGGACAAGUGGGGAGCUGGUGUGUACUUUAACACCUAUGUGACUGUCGAUGGAAUUCUUGUCAAGUACGGCGUUGUCAAUAUGGAGACUCUGAAGCGCGAUCUUCGUGAGUGGGACACGCUCUAUCUGUCUGGCCGUCUGCACAAGCCGGUCAAGAUUCUGCGUGAUAACCCAGCUGUGCGCAUGGCCAACCAAAUCAACCUUCUUUCGGCUCUUCGCACCGCUCUUCUUCUUCUACCAGGCUCAUUUACCGAGCGUGAGCUUUACUCGACCAUUGCCGGCAUCAGCUAUCUGGGCGAUCCGCGCAUGGCCUUCCCAACCGAGAACCCGCGAAAGGUUGCAAAUAUUGUGGACCACAACAUGCAAAACUUCCGAGCUCUGUACGCUCCUCUCAUCGAUUCUCUCCCCAACGUGGAGUUUGACGAUCCUUCGUGCAAGAAGGACAACUGGAUCUGGGAUACCAAGGAUGUCCUCAAGCUUCGUCAGGAUAUGGAUCCAGUCAAGCGAGGUAACAUGGUCCGUCGCCUACCCAAGGCUUUCCGCUCCAAGCUAUACUUUGAGUAUCAGAAGAAGUUCCAGAUUCCUCAGCUGGAGUUCAACAAAAUGAUGGAGGAGAGCAAGAAUGAUGACACCACGUCCUUUAAACGCCAGCAAGGUGGUGGCUUUGAGCAACGAAUUGCCCAGGAUGAUCCUGAGGAGCUUAGAAAGAUCGUGCGACAAGUCAUCAAGAAGACCAUCAACUGGCCCAGCACUUCGCAAACGCUCAAGGGACCCUUCACUGCCGGCAUCAGCAAGACCAUCCGCUAUAUGAGUGAGAAGAUGGCCAAGCACAAGGAAGGGAAGCAGCCCCCCAAGACUGGCGACAAGGACAAGAAAGAUUAG